CAGUUUUCCCGUCCAACAGCCCCGACUGCUACCAAGCCCUGAGUCACAGAGGAGGUAUCCGCUGGCCACUCCAGUAACAACAGCAGCUGGAGCAGCAAUAGCAGUUGUCUGAGACAGAGAGAUGCCUAACAGAGCUCAGAGACCCGAGACUGAGAUCCAGCCCCUUUCCAGCUGCGUCACUCUAGUGUGUUCUCACCGACGUUGCCUCUCAGUCAGGCACAUCUGCCUCCUGGAGGUGUCCAGCAGGUGAAAAGCCCCAAAUCCUGGCCAGAAUUAAAGUUUAUCUCAAAUAUGGAAGGAUUUAACUGGGAGAAUUACAGCUUUGAAGAUCUCUUCGGUGACGAUUUUGAUAAUUACACCUAUGAAACUGAAUUGCCCGUUAUUCUACCAGACGCUACUCCAUGCCGACCAGAAUCUAUGGAAUUCAAUAAAUAUGCUGUAGUUGCCAUCUAUUCCCUGGUCUUCUUGCUGAGCUUGCUGGGAAACUCCCUGGUGAUGCUGGUCGUCUUAUACAGCCGGGUCAGCCAUUCUGUCACCGAUGUCUACCUGUUGAACCUGGCCAUAGCCGACCUGCUCUUUGCCCUGACCCUGCCUAUCUGGGCUGCCUCCAAGGCAAAGGGCUGGACCUUCGGCACACUCCUGUGCAAGGUGGUUUCACUCCUGAAGGAAAUCAACUUCUACAGCAGCAUCCUGCUGCUGGCCUGCAUCAGCAUAGACCGCUACCUAGCCAUUGUCCAUGCCACACGCACACUGACCCAGAAGCGACACUGGGUCAAGUUCAUAUGCUUAGGCAUCUGGGUCCUGUCUCUGAUCCUGUCCUUGCCAAUCUUACUCUUCCGCAAGGCCAUCUACCCGCCUAAUUCCAGCCCAGUCUGCUAUGAGGACAUGGGUGUCAAUACAACAAAAUGGCGGAUGGUGAUGCGGGUCCUGCCCCAGACCUUCGGCUUCCUCCUGCCACUGCUGGUCAUGCUCUUCUGCUAUGGACUCACCCUGCGCACGCUGUUCGAGGCCCACAUGGGGCAGAAGCACCGGGCCAUGCGGGUCAUCUUUGCUGUUGUGCUCGUCUUCCUGCUCUGCUGGCUGCCCUACAACCUGGUCCUGGUCGCAGACACCCUCAUGAGGAUCCGGGUGAUCAAGGAGACCUGCGAGCGCCGCAACGACAUUGGCCGGGCCCUGGACGCCACCGAGAUUCUGGGGUUCUUCCACAGCUGCCUCAACCCCCUCAUCUACGCCUUCAUCGGCCAGAAGUUUCGCCAUGGACUCCUUAAGAUCAUGGCCAUCCAUGGCCUGGUCAGCAAGGAGUACUUGGCCAAGGACAGCAGGCCUUCCUUUAUUGGCUCUUCUUCAGGGAACACUUCUACUACAAUCUGAGCCCCCACCCCUGUUGCAGCCUCUCAGGGCUCCUCCUGUCCCCCCAGCAUCCCAUUCCAAGCCUUACAUCCACUGGUUGUUCCCAGUCUCUGUGUCAAGGCCAUGCCUCAUUGGGGUUACAGGAAUUGCUGGGGCCACAUCCUUCCUAGGUCCCCACUGUGGGGUUGGGGAAGCCUGCCCUGACACCCUACCCCUUACCAUAAUUACUAUGUCAACUGCUGGCGCUCUGUCCAUCCUACCGCUGAGCCCACAGUACUCAGUUUCCUGGACAUCUGAAAGGCAUCCUUGGAAGUGACUGCAGAAAGUUCUCACCACUGGGAGCCAUCAGUGGCACAUGUUCGUUGGUUCAGCAACUCUCCCAUUCCUUGCUUGCCAGCAAAGUCCACCUCCCUAGACAGAGACUGAAGGUGACAGACACUUUCUAAGACUCCCUGAAGCUAGGAGUGGGCGUAUCAUCCACUUGUGACUAAUAAGACUUAAGGGCAAUAGUGUGCUGGUAUGCCACUCUCCUGCGAGAAGGCCCUGAUUUGUAACAUUUACCAAGUGCCCUGGUGUAAACACUCCCUCUAUGAUUUCAAGGGUGACAGUGUUUAGCAACCAGCUCAUAAAUUCUAGAAAAUGUACUAAUCUGCUUUCACAAGCAAGUACAAGCUGGCUUUGGCAUACCACUGCUUAAGAGGAAGUCUGCUAGGGCCAGGGGACUCCUGGGAAAUAUUCCUGAUUAAAAAAGAGAGAGAUACACAUACAUCCUAUCUUCUUGCCUUUGAAUAUGGUCAUAGGACAUGAUGUGUGGAGCUGAGGCAGACACUUUGUGACAAUGAGGCCAAAAGUGUGCCCAACACACUUAGGCUGAUGGAGCCAAAGGAUAAGAAGAACCUGAGCAUAAAGAGCCAAGAAAUAAACCUAAACGUAAAUGGUCAAAUGACUUUCAACAAAGGUGCAGACUAUUCAAUGGGGAAAGGAUAGUCCUAAUUCAAAAGUGGGCAAAAGAUCUGGAGAAGAGACCUUUCUCUACAGGACAUAUUUAGCCCAUCACUCUUAAUUUGGGAAAUGCAAAUCAAAACCAAAAUAAAGAACCACUUCAUACCCAUUAGGGUGACUUAUCAAAGUUAAAAAAACAGAAAAUAACAAGUGUUUGUGAUGAUAUUGAAGAAUUGGAACCUUUGUGCAAUACCAGUGAGAAUGUAAGAUAGUACACCACUGCAGAAAAUAGCACGGCAGAUCCUCAAAAAGUUAAACAUGGAAUUACCAUGUGAUCCAGCAAUUCUGCUCCCAGGUGUAUACCCAAAAGAACUGAAAGCAGAGACUCAAACAGGUAUUUGUACACUAAUGUUCAUAGCAGCAUUAUUCACAAUAGUCAAACAUGGAAAUGAUCCAAAUGUCCACCAAUGGAUGAUGGAUAUACAAAAUGUGGUAUAUAUGUAUAAUGUAAUAUUAUUCAAUCUUCAAAAGGAGUGAAAUUCUGACAUAUGCUAUAACAUGAAUGAACCUCAAAACCAUUAUGCUAAGUGAAAUAAGCCAGCCACAAAUAUUGUAUGAUUCUGCUUAUAUGAGGUGCUUAGAAUAGUCAAAUUCCUAGAGACAGAAAGGAAAAUGGUGGUUACCAGAAGUUGUAGGUAGGGGAAAAUGGGGAGUUAUUUUUUAAUGAGUACAGAAGUCAGGGAUAAUGAAAAGGUUCCAGACAUGGGUAGUUGCUAUAGAUGUACAACAAUGUGAAUAUACUUAAUGCCACUGAAACUGUACACUUAAAAAUGACUAAAAUGGUAACUUUUAUACUAUGUAUAUUGUACCACAAUUAGAAAGAAAAAAACUAGUUCCUAAAAGGCAAACUUUAACCACUGAACCAAUCCUGAAACUACCUGCCUAUAAUUUUUAUUAAAUGAGAUAAUUAAAUGUCUUUUUUUUGCAUAAAUCACUUUUAGUUGGGUAUUUCAUUACUUGCAACAGAAAACAUCCAAACUGCUACAGAAAAGCUAAUCAGAGAUGAGCAGAGGUCCUGAAUUGGGGUCUUUACGAUAAAUAAAUCCCUUUGCUGUUUAUUGGAUACACAGAAAGAAGGAUUGAGAAGAGGCUAUGCUUUCUACCUCCUUCAUGCCCAGCCCAAGCCUCCCACUGCUGAACAUGUAUUAUGGAAGAAAAUGUGUCCCGGGGUCAUCUCGUGCUUCUAGUGUUCUUGGUGUCAAAGGUGGGACUUGGAAGGAUCAAGUAUGUCCACCAGAUCAGCUGGGGAGCAUAACAGGAAGUCAGAGAGCUCUCCUGAGCUCAACCAGCAACUCCCAUUUUGAGUCUUCCUUCACUCCCUCCUCUCUCCCACCCAAAACACACCCACACCCACACACGCUCACAUACAUGCAUCAUCAGGGUUUGAUGAAAGGGCACUCCUACAGAAUGGGGAAAUGAUUUUGAAUAUGUCACAGCUUUGACUCAUUCAUCCCGCAGUAUUCAUCGAGUGCCUUUGAGAUGUAGCAGCAAUCAACCCAAAAAAGCCUGACCCUGGCAGAGCUCUUGUUCAUUGGCUUGUUUCCAAAGGGGCUAUGACAGGAGGGGCCCUGGCUAUGAGCAGCCCACUGAGGAAGUAAAAGAAGAAAGAGGAACUGAACUUCACAGUCACCAAACGUUUACCAGGUUCCAAUCCCCUUCCUGUUAACAACUAUCUGACCACUGAGUCAAGUAGAGUGGCUAUGAAAAGAGGGCUCUCCAGAUAGGCAGGAGCAAGCCUCAGAGCUCCAGUGCUCAGGGGCAGGUAACCAUUACUCAUCUUAUGAAAGCACUUGGCCUUCUGCAGUCAACGAACAGCACCCCCUUUUUCUGAGCUCAUUCUGUGCCAGGCACUGUGCUGAAUUCAAGACCAAGCAUGACUUAGCUGCUCUGGCCAAGCCUUCAGAACAGCUUCUGAUUUAGCAGGAGGGAAAAGCGGGGGAAUGAGGGAAAAACAGGAGGGAAUACCUGUGUUGCCAGAGGAACCAAGGCUGUUCGGACUGGGCAAGCCUGACGGGCCAGAUGGCUCCCUGCGAUGGCUGUCAGUGGGAGGAGGCCAAGUGGAGUUCCACUCUAGCUCAGGGACUCUGCUCUUUCCUCCUCGAGCAAGGGCUAGAAGAAACUUGUUUCUCUGAGGAAAAUAAGAGGAUAAAAUAAGCCCAGAAGCAAAGAGGCAGAGACUGAAUUGCACUUAGGUAAACUCUGUUAAUAUUUAUCCCUGUCUCUUCUCUCUGUUUCUGUCUUCCCCUACCCCUCCUCUCAUAAAGUCAAUCUUGGCACAAAUAAGCUACCAACCAAGCCAUCACUAGGACAGGGCAAAGCCAGGGCCUGCCUUUCAGUUGUUUUCUUUCUUCUCUCCCUUGUUUCCAGGUCUGUGUCCCAGGGCAGAGCACCUUUUUGCCUAGAUCUGCCUGCUGAGUCUGAGCUGGCCCCCCUUGCUUCCAGAGACAUAUUCCGCCACUUACACUAACACCAUCUCUUUUUUUUUUCUCCCCAAGUUUGGGAUGUCUUCUUCCACCAGAACCCCUCCCCAGUCUCUGCAGGAUGGGCUUUGUUCAUUAAAUCAAGACAGCCUGGGUGAUACGAAGAAGUAGCCCCCAUUUGCACAUCACACAGAAACUCAUCGCGUGGAGAACCGCACCACCAGGCAAUGGCAGAGCCAGAACAGACCUAGAGAUCCCCUGGGCCAACCCUUCCAGUACAUGAAUGAGGAAACUGAGGCCCCAGCAAAGCAACUUGACCAAGAUAUCGUGGCUGUAUAAUAGCAGAGCUGGAACACAAAUCCCUAGUUUAGUUUGUUUUUUUCAGAUGUUUUUUCUUUUCUAAUGGUGACAUUGCAGGCACCUUACAAAUACAAGGGAAAAUAUAUUUAUGAACUUCUCAGAGCAUUCCUCUCACACAGGUAGGGCCACUCUACUUCUUCAGUGCCUAGACUCCCCUGUGCCUGGCACUGGGCAUCUCAGUCAUCUGAUAGAGGUGGGAUCCACUGAGGCUCAGGGGCAUAGGUGUGGGAGCAGGUUCAGGUGGGGCUACCCAGUUCUGUACUAGCAGGCAGGACAGGUACAGAGACAAUCAGAGUCCAACACGGAGUUCAAAGACAGACAAAACCAAACCCACUAUCCAGAACAUAUGCUCUAUCACCCAGGGUUCAGUUAGAGAAGCAGGACCACUAGGAGGAGGACUUUGUCUCAGGGAUUUGACUAUAUAACCUGUAGGAGCUGGUUGAACAGUCUAGGUCAGGCUGUUGUCCUUGCUUCUGGUGCUGGGACCUGAAAGUGGCAGGACAGACAGCCAAGAAGGAAAGAAUAAUGAAGACAAGCUGUAAUCUGGGAGGACAGAUUGCAGUCUGCGCUGGUCUCUCACAGCCUCCAAGUACAGUAAGUGGGUGGCCUGUUGGAGAAACUGACCCCCUGCAUCGCAAAGGUCAGCCCUUGCGUGGCUCAGGAGCAGAAGGGACUACACACCCAGCUGCUGCCCCAUGGCAACGAGAGGUACCAGCCAAUCAGGGACAGCAUGCAACCACAUCGGGGGCUUUGCACUGACCUUCCAGAGCAUAAAAACAUGCAACUUCUGCUCCACUACUGACUUGCAAAGUUCACACAAAAAUCUCUUCUAGCUGAUGCUACCCUCAACUAUUCAAGGGAGGGAAUUGGGAGAAGCAUAGUGCCAGCUUAAUUAAAUUGACUCCGUGCAAAUCUUUCACACGAACACAAGGUUCAGACUCUAAGAAAAGGAACGGUUACCACCAAAGUUUGGGUAAUGUU